AACCCUUUCUCUUCACAUCACAACAAUCAAACUCACUUUCUCUUCACUUUUCCCUCAUUUUCCCACCAACCAAACAGAUCUUUCUCUUUUCCAAAUGGCUCGUACCAAGCAAACCGCUCGUAAGUCCACCGGAGGCAAGGCGCCAAGGAAGCAGCUGGCAACAAAGGCUGCCAGGAAGUCAGCUCCGGCGACCGGAGGAGUGAAGAAGCCACACAGGUUCAGGCCAGGAACCGUGGCUCUGAGGGAGAUCAGGAAGUACCAGAAGAGCACGGAGCUUCUCAUCCGAAAGCUCCCGUUCCAGAGGCUGGUGAGAGAGAUCGCUCAGGACUUCAAGACCGACCUCCGAUUCCAGAGCAGCGCCGUCGCGGCUCUUCAAGAAGCCGCCGAGGCUUACUUGGUCGGACUCUUCGAGGACACCAACCUGUGCGCCAUUCACGCCAAGAGAGUCACCAUUAUGCCUAAGGAUAUCCAGCUCGCUAGGAGGAUCAGAGGCGAGAGAGCCUGCCACGGAUUACAAUCCGCGUCACUUACUUCCAAACAAUCCUCACCGUACAUUACUCCCCCUAAUCAACGCUCCAAAUUCACUCUCUCUCAAACUUUCAAUAACCCCCCAAAAAUUUCACAAUCUCCCGCUUCUCCAUUUUCCCCAAAAACCACACUACAAAUACUCCAAACCCUUUCUCUUCACAUCACAACAAACAAACUCACUUUCUCUUCACUUUUUCCUCAUUUUCUCACCAACCAAACAGAUCUUACCUUUCUCCAAAUGGCUCGUACCAAGCAGACAGCUCGUAAGUCCACCGGAGGCAAGGCGCCAAGGAAACAACUCGCAACAAAGGCCGCUCGUAAGUCAGCUCCGGCGACCGGAGGAGUGAAAAAGCCACACAGGUUCAGGCCAGGAACGGUGGCUCUGAGAGAGAUAAGGAAGUACCAGAAGAGCACGGAGCUUCUGAUCCGAAAGCUCCCGUUCCAGAGGCUGGUGAGAGAGAUCGCUCAGGACUUCAAGACCGACCUCCGAUUCCAGAGCAGCGCCGUCUCGGCUCUACAAGAAGCCGCCGAGGCUUACUUGGUUGGGCUUUUCGAGGACACCAAUCUGUGCGCCAUUCACGCCAAGAGAGUCACCAUCAUGCCUAAGGAUAUUCAGCUCGCUCGGAGGAUCAGAGGCGAGAGGGCUUAAGAUGAGAUAGGCGACAGGGUUAGAUGUGGAAAAAAAACUACUACUUGUCGUUUUUUUUUUAUUAGGCGGUUGUGUGGUUUGUGAUGAUGUGAAUCUGUUUUGGGAAAAACAAUGUAAUGGUUUUUAAUAUUUGAAUUUAGUAUUAAAAAAAAAAAAAAUUGAAAGUUUCGUGUGUUUGACGAAAUGUUUAAAAGAUUGUUUUUAUCGUGAA